UUCACGGCUAAUUUGUGUCUUCUCUUCACGCUGGAAAGAGCAUGGGACGGUUUCGAGCAAGAUUUUCAACGACCUAAAUUUCAAGAUGCAGCUCAUCCAAGGUUAGUUUCAAUGAGCCCUGUUAAUCUUUGGUAUCUGAUUGUUCAUGUAAAAUGUUUCCAUGGUCAUUUCACGCAUUAUUGCUAUCGUUUAUGACCCUGAUAAGCCUCGCUGUUUAACUCGCAAGUGAAUAUUUAUUUAGAUGACUUUCAUUAAUUUUAUUAUCGAAUACUGUUUUUAUUCUAGCAAGGUUUCGCUCUGACAAAUUAUUUAUAUUGGCGGACAAGGGGUGCUUGAUACUAGUUCUCUGCUCUGACCUCUUUCGACCUCGCAAUUUUUAUGGGUUUGACCGUUUUGAAAUAUCACAUUUUCUGCCCUUUCUCCACUAAGAUGCAAGUGGAAGGUUUCAAUUUAUAGGUCCUGAGAAGAUGGGACAUUUUUUCUUGCGUUUGCUCUUUUUUCACUGAUCAACUCUUGAGGGUAUAAUGAAUGUUUAAAUUCAAUAGAUUACAGUAUUAAAGCUUUUUUGUUUCAUUAUUUUAGGUAAAAAUGGUAUUCUCAUGGUGGCUUCUGGUCGCAACUGCGCGUGGCGCACUUGAAAUAUACAGGCCAGCAAACAUCAUCAAAUGGCAUACUCUAGGACCUCAACCUGCGUAUAAGACCUUUGAAGACAUUUGAUACUUCUUUUAGGAUCCAUUGUAGUGAAGGAGUGGGUGUUACUGUAUGGGUAUUUUUCCAUUUUGUAAUUAAUAAAGCUUCUUUCUGUUUAUGUUUAACAAAGAUGCUUAACUGGUGUUGUGUUAUGAAAAAUAUAGCGCUGUCUUUGUUAUUUUUAUUGUUUAUAUUUGAGCUGUUCCACUCCUUUGAAUUUUAUCUCCGAUAGACAUCACUUUGAGAGCUUGUUGAAGUCAUGCAGUGAAGUAAAAGCAUGUGCAGUCACCAUACGGUUGGUGUGCGGCAUGGAUGAAUUAUUGAACUAACAAUAUGAGCACCUAGCCUCCCUGCAGACGUCCUUCAGGGUUCGUACAUCACGCAUUCAUUUCUCCCCCACGGACAUCUGCUAAACACAGGCGACAUUUGCGUUCAACAAUCACAGGCCCUUUACAGAUUUUUGUAAAACGUAACCUGAGCCACUUCUUAAAAGAUUCGCAUGAUCACUGAGGCUUUUGAUCGGAUGUGCGAGAAAUUUGUAAUUAUACAGAGUUAAACAAGUAUCAGAGAGAAGCUAUCCGUAAUUAGGAACUUCAGAAAAUAUGUUAUAAAAUUUGUAAAUAAGACUCACCAGUGUGUGCUUAGUUAAUUAAAGUAAGGGGCUAACAAACGAUUUUUUGUGUUUCAGAUCCGUGGACGCCGUCAUUUGGUCUUUGCAUCAGACAGACAAAUAGAGGUGUUAACCAAGUCAAAAACCUGGUACAUCAGCCGUACCUUCCCACCAGCAACUUGGAGCGUGUAUAUGGAAGCCGUCAGAACAAACAAUGACCUGGAGGGGUGGCACAACGCCCUCAACAGACGAGGAAAGGGAAGAGCUCAGUUGCCCCUCUACAUACUGAUUCAGCUCCUCCACAAGGAAGCAGCACUUGUCUCCCUUCAGACUCGUGUCCGACAGAAGACUGCGAGGACAUCAGUGUAA